CUGCUGAACAGCCACACAGAUUUGAAUACAGCGAGCCAAACAGCGAAUUAAGCGACAAGCUAAGUAUUUUCUGGUGUUCCGAGUGAAUUUUAUUGUCGAAUAACAAUGUUUCCAUUGUGGUACGACGACUACUCCCGACCAUCAUCCAGAAACUGGAUUUCUCUUUGGUCCCCUGAAGAGGAGUUUCAUCCGCUUAGGACGGUGUUGAAUGAACUAGCUCAUUUGGAAAAAGACAAUUCCAUCACAAUAGAUAAAGACAAAUUCCAAGCCAACGUUGAUGUGCAACAGUUCAAACCGGAAGAAAUUACUGUUAAACUGGAAGACGACAACACCAUCAUUGUGGAAGGUAAACAUGAGGAGAAGCAGGAUGAGCAUGGGUUCAUUUCGCGUCACUUCAUAAGGCGCUACGUGCUCCCGGAAGGUUGCGAUGCCCAAAAGUUGAAGUCAAAAUUAUCCAGCGACGGAGUUUUGCAAAUUUCUGCCCCCAAAAUGCCGGAUACGAAGCAAAUUCAGAGCAAGUCAAUACCUAUUUCUCUAACUGGUCCGGUAAGAAACGCUGAGCAGAAGCAAAUCCAGAGUGAAGAGAAAAAGGCUUAAUAGCUGUCUUAAACGUCCUUUGAAACCUUUUUUCGAUGUUUGAUUAAAAUCUGCUUAGCAGAAAUUAUUUGUAAAUCCAUUUAGAGUAGGGUUUAUUUGUGAUAUGCUAGUAUCCAGAUAUUUAUUUAUAGGUAUACCUACUUAAAAUAUCUAAGUUUGUUCAAGUUUUAAAUAAAGUAUUACUUAACACUUGUU